AUGGCAGGCUCGAAGCGAGGCCGUGCUCGCCGUUCCCAUGUGCUCGGCGGAUGCACUACCUGCAGGCGCCGGCACGUCAAAUGCGACCAGAAACGGCCCGCUUGCCGUACAUGCCGGACUCUUGGUGUUCCAUGCGAGGGCUUCUCUGAUCAAGUUCUAUGGAUGCGCGGUGAUGAAGGCGAGGUGGCUGAAGGCGGCCGACGUGGAACGCGUCGUCAUCUCUACACAGAGCAAUCCCGACUAUCUAUGAGUACUGCACUGAGCAAGAAUCUACUCUUGGGAUCUAUUGAUGCAUCUCUUGCAGAAGUCGACUUGAGAUCGCGAGACCCGGAUCGUGAACCUGAAGGCGAUAUCGCAAUCGGUCCUUUCGCGGUCCUCGACUUUACAACCACUGCGAGGCAGCCAAAGGCAGAUGUUGUCAUUUACCAAGAAGAUGAACUGACUUCGGCUGAGCCAGGCCCAGUCCAGGGGCCGGCAAGCUCAACCAUCGAGGAACAAAUCCCGGAUCCCAGCCCGGCGUCAAUCAUUGACUCUCUAUCGCAGAUGGAUGACUUUCUGCACUGGUCGGAUCUAUUAAGUUUUAGUCCAGAUCAGGCAGGCCUGACAACGUACCCAACACUCAGCAUGCCGAAUGAUUUUUCAAUCGAUCUCGGUAAUGAGAUGAGCGUAUUCCAGGAUGUUCAAAAUACCCAAGAAGAACCCACGGGGAUCCUAAAUCCACAACAAGCAUCGAUCGAAGUGGUUUCCGCAACACCAGAUAUUUUGAAAGAUGCGCAGUUCUUACUCAGGCAUUUCCAAGAUGUUGUUAUUCCUCAGAUAAUGGCAAUCCCAUUCGGAGAGAAAUCUCCUUGGAAGAUCUUGAACCUACCAGCAGCAGUCGUCGCAUUUGGGGACACGACUUUUCUUGGUACCAGUGGUGUCAGCCAUGCAAGACUUGCCAAUCUAUACGGUAUUUUGGCCUGUUCUGCCAUUGACCUGGCCUUGAAGCCGCCCACCGAGCUGGUGGAACUCACAGAACGUUGGGAUCGGAUUGCCAAUCAAACAUAUCAGUUGGCAAAAGACCACAUUCAAGUGUCUCUUCAACAAGAGACUCAUGGUCCAAAUAAAGCCAAAUAUAAAGACCAACUGAUGGCAGCCAAUAUCUUAACACAGUAUGCGAUUCUGUCAGGACAACAGCAACACGCAAGGUGCUUCUUGAUCGAUGCAGAGCGACUUCUACGUCUACGAGGUCUAUCUAAAAAACGGAUCUCAAAAAAAGCCCGUCUUCUGCACCACGUAUACACGUGGCUACGGAUUGUGGGCGAGAGCACCUUUGUCUUGCAUGAUUACAGCCUCUCCUACCCAUGUCUUGAGCCGCUUGGCCAAUCAUCAAGAUCCCAUACAUCCAGGGAGGGCAGUUCAAAUCUGGCUACUCAAGCUGAACCGAACCCUCGCCUCGACGACUUCCUUAGACUGGAAAGCCAAAACUCAGACAAUGAUCUAAACAUCGACGAACCGAAAGAUCGCGGAAAAGGGUUCCACGAUAUCCACUUGCAUGAUUCUCGAAGCUUUCCUGAGACCUUAUACAAACAGAUCUAUGGUAUCCCCGAAACUUGGCUUAGUCUUGUAUCGCAGACUACGAGACUGGCCAAUGUCAUGGCGACCUUUGUCGUUGCACGCAACGCAGGAAAGAGUCUACGACUCGAAGCGUGGGAAACACUCCAGCGCCGCGCCUUUCGUUUAGAAAAUAUGAUCUGUUCGUUUAACCUUGGCCUUACAAAGGGUGCGCAGACAGACCCACAGGCGAAAUCCAAACCCCAUGCCUUUAUGCUUGACGCGCUGAACGGAGCACUCUUGAUAUUCUUCUACCGCCGAAUUCGCGAUACCCAUUCGGCAGUCUUACAAGGUCACGUUGACAGUGUCAUCACAGCAUUGGAAGAAUGCAGUGCUUCCAUGUCGAAAGGUGAUCCAACAGGUCCUGGAACGGCUUGGCCAGCCUUUAUUGCUGGAUGCGAGGCUAUUACGUCAAAUAGAAGAGAGGCGAUCAUGCGAUGGCUGGACCAUGCAAGCUCAGUAUCUGGUUACGCCUCAUUUGAUACAGCCCGUGGUAUUUUGACUAAAGUGUGGUGCCGACAGGAUGAGCAUCUAUUGACGACCCGUGGCGACCCGAUGCCCUCAUGGAUUGACAUUGUGAAGGAGGAUCAGAUAUGGCCUCUGUUCUGCUGA